UCUUCAUACGUUACAAAUUAUUUAAAAUUACCCUUUACUUUAUACGAAAUAUAUAUAUAAAAAAAAAUAAGCUGAGUUGAAACAUAAUGUAAGAAUAAGAUCACAUUAUUAUAUCGCAUCGUUUAAUAAAGUUUUUCGAGUUCAUUGUGAUUAAAUGCAUUCAUUGCAAAAUCUGUUUUGCCAACCAUUACCGUGAGUAUGUGACUGUGACCAAACAGCUAGUCUCUUGAGAGACCGUCUUUUUAAGAUACGUUACUCAAGCCCAGUCCAUUAAAAUUUAAUGUCUAUAAAUAUUAUUUUUAAUGCCUACUUACUGUAUCUUUAAUGUCUACUGAUAAUAUAUUAAAUGCCUACUUGCAUUAUUUUUAAUGCUUACUUAUAAUAUUUCAAAAAUAUAUAAUAGGUCGGCCUAAUAUAAAUGAUCUCUUAAAAAGAUCGUCUCUCACGAGAAUUUGUGAUGACCGAAACCCUAUUUUACACAAAUGAUUGGAAAAUAGGUAGAAAAUGACUUUAAAAAUGUUUUGUAUGUGUGGGCACAAUAUGGGUAUGUUGAUAUAUGUUACCUCCACUUCACUAAAUUAUAUCCAAUCAUCUUGAAAAACCACAUCUCUAAAUUUGUAAAAGUGUAAAGACCAUACCUUAAAAAGAUAAGCUUUAGUAAAUUGUACCAACCAAAUUCUAAAACCACAUCUCAAAAUCUCUUAAACAUUUACACACCAUUCAUCUAAGAGAUAAGCUUAUGUUACUUUAUUCACAACCUUUCCUAUAAAAUCACACGUUUUUCUUCAUUCAAAGAAGUUAAGAAAAGAUCAAAAAAAAGAAGCUAAGAAAGACAAACAUAUAAUAUAAUAGAAUGGCGUCAAGCUUGAUGAGCAACGCUAUUACCGCUGUCGCCGGAGCUAGUGUUGCUCAGGCUAACAUGGUGGCACCAUUCAAUGGUUUGAAGUCUAUUGCAAGCUUCCCUGUUACUAGGAAGAGCAAUGACAUUACUUCUAUUGCUAGUAACGGUGGAAGAGUCCAAUGCAUGCAGGUAUGGCCCCCAGUUGGUAAGAAGAAGUUUGAGACCUUGUCUUACCUUCCACCUCUAACUGAGGCACAAUUGUUGGCUCAAGUUCAAUACCUUCUCAACAAGGGAUGGAUUCCUUGCAUUGAAUUUGAGUUGGAACACCCAUUUGUCUACCGUGAGAACCACAGGUCACCAGGAUACCAAGAUGGUCGCUACUGGACCAUGUGGAAGUUGCCCAUGUACGGAUGCACUGACCCCGUCCAGGUGGUGAACGAGGUGGAGGAAACCAAGAAGGCUUACCCAAGCGCCUUCAUUCGUAUCAUCGGAUUCGAUAAUGUCCGUCAAGUGCAAUGCAUCAGUUUCAUUGCCUUCAAGCCCGCCGGCUACUAAUUGAAUGUCAUAGGCGGCUCUAUAUAUAUGCUUAGCUUUAGUUUGUGACUGGUUUCAUAAACUAUGUAUCGUAAGCAUAAUUGUUAGAGAUCUUUCAAGAUUUUUCGGCUUUAGAAAUUCAUGUUUCUUUGGGUUGGUUUCAAUCUUGUUGUUGACAAGUUCAUAAAUAAGAAAUGUUAAUGUAAAGGCUAACAACUUGUUCAUGACAA